GCAAUCUUUCUAUUUCAAAGUUGUUGCUUCGCCGCACUAACUAUUAUCAACCCCUCAGAUGCAGGAGCUUUGGGACUUAAUCUUCUUGCCGAUCCACUAGAUGCAGAGUUAGAUAUCAUCGCGGUCCAUGGUCUAGAUGGUCACUGGAGAAAGUCUUGGACUGCUGAGAAUGGCGUUUUCUGGCUCCAAGAUCUUCUGCCAACGCGAGUUCCAAAGGCGCGCAUAUACUCCUACAGUCACGAUUCCAGGACCAGAGGAGGCGAUGUUCCUUUCACACUUGACAUAUCAGACCACGGAAAUGCACUGGUCAGCGAUUUGACUAUUGAGCGAGGGCUCACCGCGACAGAAGAGCGACCUAUCAUUUUUGUUGCACAUAGCCUCGGCGGUUUGAUCGUCAAGAGUGUAAGGAAAGACAAUGACUAA